ACAUCCUCAUUUGGAGCUGCUGGGUUGUUUUUUGCUGGAAGGUGACAUACUGUAGGCCUAAAACUGCUGAAGGUACGUCAGCAUGAUUAAAAAAAACACAAAAGACAAAUUUUAACGUGUCGUGGCAUUUUAUCAGCUCAGUUCCAACUGUGUAAACCAGAACGUCCGGCUGUGCUGGAUAAGAAACACUCUGGGUGACUUCCUUAUUUGAGCUGGAAACCUGAAGCUGUCUGUCAUGGCGCCUGGAGUUUACACCGAGUAAUGAGGUGCACUGGGACCUGCACAGCUUGAAUUCUGGAAGAAAUGGAGGAAGGUUGGGAAAACUGGAUUUGACUGAGUGGUUUAUCAGUUCAGUAGCAGCAUCAAGGAAAACUGACAAUGACUCACAUGGGGCGUGAAAAUCAGGGGACAGGACUGAGAGAAGUCUUUGACAUUCUGGCUAAAGCGUCCCAUGAGCGACUGGUAAGCGUGUCAGUCAAGCUGGGAGAGUCUCCUGAAGAUCAGAUUGUGCACGCCUUUUGUCUGAUCUUUCUCCAGAAAGGACCACAAGCCCUGAAGAAUCUCCAGUCGCUGAGGGAAAACUGCCUGGCAAACCAUCUGGCUGAGAAGUGGCAAAUGUCCGGCGGUAAAUUAGAAGACUUCAGAGAACAUUGUGCUCAUGUUCAAGACUUUACAAGAGAGUGUCUGAAAACUCUGGCACGGAUUUUCAACAUUUUGUCUGACCAGAGGCUUUGUGAUCCACUUUUAAGAAAUUUGGCGUAUCGGCGAGCCGUGUCUUGUACCAACCAGAAAACCAGCAGUUGUGAGGAUCUGGAGUAUGAUCAACUCAGAGAGGAAGCUAAAGAUUUGUGUGGACCUCAGUUUGAGGAGUGGAUGUGUUCUUCUGGAGAGCUCAAGUUGGUUUCGAACCGAGAUUCUGACGGCAGCCUUGAGGCAGGAAGACCAACCUUGAGUGUUAGCUUAUCUCAGGUUCAAACGCAGAAUACCAGCGCUCACAGUUUGCCCAGCCCACUGCAGGCUAGCUCCUCAGUGUCCUCGUAUCCAACUCAUAUAGAGUUAAGUUUACCACCAACAGCCAUAAUAGGAGGGGAUUCUCAAGGAAGUUCAAAUAACCCCAAAACGUUGCUUUCCUUCCCUCAGCAAUCUGAUUACAGUCCUCAGCCUGAUUCUAUCAGCCAUCCUCUGUUUGAGUCAGCGACAGACUCGAGGCGGCACGCCGCAGCCUGCGAAACCUCAGACUGGAGUCAUUCGAACACUCCCAUUCUGAAGAAUGAGACUCCAAAGCCAUCAACAGUACCAGCUGCUACUCCAAAACCAGUAACUCCAGACCCAACUAACACUUUCCCCCAUAAACCGGCAUUUCAGCGUGACAUGCACGACUGCAUGAGCGCAGACGAGGAAGAAGAGGACAUAUUCUACCCAUUCGUCAUCCUGCACGCGCCGGAGGAUGCGGAAAUGGCCGAGAGCAUGAAGGAAAAACUGGAGUCUGUCAUCAGCUGCGAAGGUGCAACCUUCUCCGAGGAGUUUGCCAUCCCGGGUAAGAGUACUCUAAGAUGUGUUGAGGACGCCAUCAACAACUCUGCCUUUACUCUUCUGCUGCUCACCCGCAACUUCAACACGCGCAUGCUGGAAAUGAAGACGGACUCCGCUCUCAUCAACUCCAUGAGCAACCAGCAUAAGUACAACACCGUUAUCCCCGUGCUGCCGCGAGAAAACUGCAUAUCCAAACAGAGUAUGCCAAUGGUUCUCAAGACCUUAGUGCCGCUGGACGAGAAGAAGAACUUUGAGGCAAAAGUCCGAAAGGCUUUAACGCCGAUGAAAAUCAAACAGCAGAAGAACAUCUGGACCGCUGAGCAGAGAGUGAAAAUCCAGUUGAGGAAACAGGAACAGCAAAAGCUCGCAAACAAGCAUUCUAAGCAGCUGAUUCACGAGUGGAAAAAAGCUCAGUUGCUUGAGCAGGAAGGCCUGAGAUAUGUCAUGGCACAAAAACUUCAAAUGGAUCCUAGGAGUAUCCCUACGUUUCCCAAUACGCUCCCUGAUGGUGGGGAGGGCAGAACGUGGUGGCAACCACAUUCCAACAUCCAUAUCGAAAAUGCAAAGUACAUCAUGAUUGGUAAUGACUCUCAGAUGACUGUGGGAGUGGGUGGAGUUGGAGAUAAUGGCAAUGAUUUAAUUUUCAAAGAGGAGAUGCAAUAAGGCUACAGAUUUCUUGUUGAGAGAAAAAAAUAGUCAAUUUAAACACUAAAAUACCACCAAACACUCUGGAUUAUUUGCUGUAAUGUGUCAUAAAACUUAAUUAAUAUGGAACAGAUAAACGAGAUUACAGUGAAAAGAGGUUAUUCAGCAGAGCAGUCUUUUUCAGCCUGUGAAUGAUUUAGUUUCAGCUGCCAUCUACUGCCCAAUGUGUGAUAGUACAAUUACUGAUCCGCAUUAGCUCACGUUGACCACUAGGGGGUGCUGCAAACGUGUUAAAAUUAGAGUGGCAUCCUCUGCUACUUCAUUUUUAAAAAAAAUUAUUUUAUUUACGUUUUUAUGGUGAGAUGUUGGUUAAGUGUGUCAAGAAGCCAGUGGCGGCGCCAGGAAAUUUUUGUUGGGGGGACUGAGGUGAGGCUGGGGUAAAAGUUGGAGGGGCGCCAAAAAAUGUCGGCG